AGUCGAAAUGCAGUUGGUGGUGCUCAUUUAAACAGGUUGCAGUUCCAACCACAGCAGAACAGUAUUCACGCUGCCAAACCAGCCGACAUUCAGAACAGCUGGGUGUGUGUCGGGCGGCUGUGUAAGCCAGAAGUCCUUACCAGCUUAGGGAAGAAGACUUACAGUCCCUUCUUCAGGAACAGCUCAGGAAAAAUGAGUGUCGAGGAAGAAAAUUUUCGGAAGAGAAAACUGCCUGUGCUAAGUUCAGUGAUUAAAGUAAAAAGAUUCGAUCAGGAUGGAGAGGAGGAGGAGGAGGAAGACGAUGACUACGGCUCCCGCUCAGGAAGCAUCUCCAGUAGUGUGUCGGUGCCAGCCAAGCCUGCGAGGAGACCUUCCCUGCCACCUUCUAAGCACGCUAACAAGAAUCUCAUUUUAAAGGCUAUAUCUGAAGCGCAAGAAUCUGUAACCAGAACAACAAACUACUCUACAGUCCCACAAAAACAGACACUUCCAGUUGCUCCUAGAACUCGGACUUCUCAAGAAAAACUGUUGGCAGAAGCGGCCCAGGGGCAGAGCCGGGUGCCCAGAGUAAGUCCCACGACCAAAGCAGAGGAGGCCAAAGGAGAGAUGGUAGAGAAACGUCAAGGACCGCAAGAGAGACAAUUGCUCUCCCGACUGCAAAUUGAUCCAGGAACGGCAGAAAGUCUGCAGCUCACUCAAGGUUACACUGACAUGGAGUCCACGGUCCAUGCAGACAUGAGACCGUUUAUUCUGAAGAAGCUAACGCUGUCUGAGGAGACAGUCGUGGCACCCAACCACGAGUCGGUGAUGAAGACUGCAGAAACCCUUCGGGUACUUUCAGGACACCUUGUGCAGAUGCCACAAGAUCUUGUACAACCAGAUAAACCUGCAAGUCCCAAGUUUAUAGUGAUGCUGGAUGGUGUCCCCCGUCCCCCAGGAUACAUGUCAGAUCAAGGGGAAGACAUGUGCUUUGAAGGAAUGAAACCAGUAAACCAGACGGCAGCCUCAAACAAGGGACUCAAAGGUCUCCUCCACCCACAGCAGUUGCAGUUGAUGCACAGGCAGCUGGAGGACCCCAAUGGUAGCUUUGCAAACGUGGAGACGAGUGAACUGAGUGUGGCCCUGAAACCAGAGAAACUUCUGGAGCGUUACAAGUACUGGCCUGCGUGCAAGAAUGGGGAUGAGUGUGCCUACCACCACCCCGUCUCACCUUGCAAAGCUUUCCCCAAUUGUAAGUUUGCUGAGAAAUGCUUAUUUGUUCACCCAAAUUUUAAAUAUGAUGCAAAGUGUACUAAGCCAGACUGCCCCUUCACUCACCUGAGUAGGAGACUCCCAGUGCUGCCUCCCAAGCCAGUUACAACGCCAACACCACCUUCUAGCGCUCAGCUCUGCCGCUACUUUCCUGCCUGUAAGAAGAUGGAAUGUCCCUUCUAUCAUCCAAAACACUGUAGGUUUAACACUCAGUGUACAAGACCUGACUGUGCGUUCUACCAUCCCGCCAUUACUGUACCACCAUGCCAUGCCUUGAAGUGGAUUCGACCUCAAACCAGCGAGUGACACCAAGGCCUCCCGGCAGAAGACGAUCGGUUGUGAGAGUUGCCAUCUACUGAUGAGAGACUUUCAACCAAACUUGUCAAACCUUUGAA